CCCGCAACAGAAGUUCAGACAUUGCAGCGUUGGAAAGAGCGCGGCCACCUGUUCUCGGAAAUCUUACCACCUCUCACAUCAGGGGCAUCGCUAUUUCGUUUAACAACGCUUCACUGCCGCCACCGGUGUAUCCGCGUUGAAUACCGCAAGCGUUGUGGCUGAGCCGGAACAUUGAUCAAACGACAGCAACUAUUCUAUGUUGACUGCCAACAAAACACAACAUGCGAAUCUCACAACCACUGCGGAGUUGCGGACGCCUUCGUGAUUCGCAAAAGAUAGCUGCUAGGUAAGUUGAGAUAUUGGGAACCACAACACACUAUUGCCCGGAGAAGUUCCUGUGGUGGUGUUUAGCUUCGCGUACUCCACAGCCAGCAGACAAGUCUGCACUGUGUCGCGUCGUCCGAGAAAAGAAGCACUUCUGCAUUUUCCUUUUGCAUAACGCGUCCGUUUCAGGGGUGUGUGAGGCUGCCGCCAUCCCAGGCUGCUAAAAAACAAGCGUAUGCACCACUGAAAAAGUAAAACUACGUGAUUAGUGCAGAACGCGCGCCUCGCCUACCACGGGAGUUGAUUUCGUUUGUCCCACUGGGGCCGCCUAAAGACUUGCAACGUACGACGGUAUCUCAGGAGGGGAUCCUUGACAGUGUCUCGCUCCUGGGAAUGCAGCAGGGAAGCAAACUCAUACGUUACGCUUACAAGAACAGUCACACUGAGGCUGACACUCGCGUGAGUCGUUGCCUGACGGAAGAAGAGACCGUUAGGCGUCUCGUCGUGUCGCUAGCACCAGGAGACAGGCCAACGCUGCCUAGAGUCGGCCAACGCGGCUGCACUCGAGAGGCCUGAUGGAGAAAAGGCAACUUUUGUAAAGGGUCAUACAGUAAUAAAUAACCAUUUUCGAAGCUUAUGAAUGAGCCACAUAAGGAAGGAAGCCAGCAGCAAAGCGUUGACCCGCACACCAUGCGAGCGCGCGAGUAGUCAACGAGCUGCUGCGGCGGAAUAGUCCGAAUUUGUCUAGCUUUUGGCCGCUGGCAUGAUGUUUUCUACGAGGUGAUCUAACCAAUCUGUGUUUCUUCGCGGAGAAAGAAUGUGUGGUGUACGAGCGUGGAGCGGCUUCCAUCAAGCAUGGAAAAGAUCCUGUGGGCGGCGUCCGUUUUCAUCGCUGCCCAACUGGACAGCAGCUUCACAGUCCAUGUUUACGCCAAAGAAUCCACGGUACUGUCAGAACUCGUGGAAUCUGGAACACGUUUGCGACCAGAAGAAGAAGGAUCAUUCCUGACAUCUCCACGUUCAGACGAGGAGACAUUGGUUCAAGGGGCAGGACCCAGAGGACCAGAAGAAAAGGCUCAGGCAGCGAUUGAUGAGGCAGAGGUAGAGCCGUUUGCAACAAACUCCAACACUGGGACAUUUUCGUCAUUUCCUCCGGAGCUCCAUGCAUUCAGCCCUUUCGGAGUCAUUGUUCGAGAGCCGAAGGAUAUGUUUUUCACAGUGUUUUCAAGACUAGGAGGGAGGGUUAAAGAGAGGGACUUUGUGGGUGAGUUAAUACAGCGUCUCGCCAGAGCGGUCUUUCCGCUAUUUCGCCGCUUGCAUUUCUGGGGAGAAUCCCCUGGAACCCAACACGCCCAACAGUCUGGUGGUGGCGUAGAGUGGGGACACAAGGCUGUAGUUCGUGUACUAAGAAUUAUGAGGGACAGACCGGUGCCGCCAGUAUACGAAGAUUCCAGGCGUCGUGUAAUGCUGAAGACAGGAGUGGGUGUCCUUCGAGAGCACUCUCCUUUGGUAAUGAAUUCCCUGUCUGGUAACAGAAAAGUCACUAUCACUGUCAAGGACUACAUUCCUGUCGCAGGGUGGGGACUCUGCGUGGGAGUGGUCCAUCCAGAGUCAAACCAGGAGUUUCUUUUGCUCAACUUCGUUUCCUUAGCCGAUGCAGCAUGGGGAAAAUGGUUCGAAUGGAGGCUUCGCAAAAUAGCGGAACCGCUUCAAUGGCUAGGACUGAGGAACCCAAGCGAGGCGUAUUCGCAAGACCGCUUAAUGCUUCCUCUCGAUCUGCUGGAAAUUUCCAACUCCAGCCGCUACUUUGUGAGAGCGCCGUUCGUCGUCCCCAACCUGUUCGUCCUGAUGCCAAGACCAGCGACAUCUCUCAGUGACCUUGUUUCGUUUAUGAGCACGACAAAAAAUAUCGGGCAGACACUUGCUGUUCGUCUCAGUCUGACCUUGCAAACCAUUCGGGUGGUAGCAGGGUUCAAUAACAGAGGAUUCAUUGAUGCAGAUAUUCGUCCAGCUUCGUUUUUCGUCAACGCGAAAGGACUCGUCUUCCUUGGGAUAUUCACUCGCACGACGAUAGCCAAGCGUGGACGUCGUGCAUCUGGAAGGCGGCAGUUCGAUGUCGCCACAGCUCCUGAACUGGUCUUCAGGGAGAAGGUGUUUUUUCGCCGAGACGAAAAAACCAAUGCGUGGGCUCUAGGCAUAACGCUGUACUAUAUCUGGUGCAACAGGUUUCCGUUUGGUAUUUUGGAUGGAGACUCGGCACCGCCUCCAGAGCUGUUCCAACCCGUCCCACCGGAGUUCGGCGUAUGCGUACACAACAUGCCUGACCCGGUUAAAGUUCUGGUCGCGGAGCUGCUCGAUCGACAGAGACGAGCAAGACCCACAGCAAAUACAGCCAUGCAGAGAGAGAUUUUCCGACAUCUCCAGGAUCUCCUAUCUGCAUCAAAAUUAUCUGCCCUGCCACGCACGGUGCCAGUAGUUGCCCUGUUGAAAGGCAUCAAGUAGAGAAGGUUACAAAGUGACGAUGCGGCGUACCAUUAAAAAACUUUGGAACGGAGUUCACCUUCCAUAUGAAACUGUGCAAGUCCAAGAAAGCCACCGGAUCCGUGAAGACCUCCCUGUGACGUCUAUAUGCAUCUGCUUUCUUCGAUUGCGUGUCAACAUGCCUCUUGUGCUUUUUCCUUCCCUCUCUGACAGCAACAUUGUGCGUUUUUGAGCGGCACAAACAGAGACAACUACUCGAAUCGCGGAAACGUCAUCACUGAAAUAUCCUGCCGGAUUCUUCCUGCAACACGAUACGUUCCAGCAACUGAGAAGAAACGUGGAACGUGUUCGCAGCCGGUGCGCCCAUUCCAGUUUUUCAGGACUCGUGCCGGGAGGGAACCACAACGAAAGGGAGACUGUCACUUAACACUCUCUGUGAAGUGGAGGAUGUCUCCUCUUCCGGCGUCAGCAAGCUACUACAUAUAAUAGAAUCCAGCAGGCACACUCACUGAAAAGAAAGGACGAUGUUGAGGAGAAAGCAUCCAUCUCCAUAUAAGCGCCUUCGUGUUGUAGAUUUGUACUGGCACUCCUCCACAACAGAACGUCAAG